UCAAAAUGAAGCCAAAUUUGAGGUUAUAUGCCUUCAAAACUAACCAAAACAUUGCGUAAAUUAACUAUAAAAACAUGUUUUCAUUUAGCGUAUCCACAAGAAUUAAUCAAGUUUCGAAGGUGUUUGUUAGGUAUAAAAACCCUCCAGAUCACUGGUCUGUGGUUAGAAAGAAAUCCCAUCCUAUCGAUAAAGCUCUAGCACAUUUCGACGAUUUCUAUAAGCAAGUGUUUAGAAAAAAGUGGUCUUCCAUACGGGAAGGAUUAUUGAGACGACAUAAAUAUGUGGCGGUGAUUAACAACUAUGGGGACAAUGAGGAAACGAUGGCCGAACUUGAACUGGGCGGUGCCCUAAACGUUAGAACCAUAUUCAAUUUGGAAAAAGGGUAUAUUACAGAGGAGGUAGCAAAAAAUCAGAGAAAUGCUGCAUUGGAGAAAAUAUGGCAAAUGGAUCGAGAAAUGGAAGCCAAGAAUAGAAAACAAGAACAAGAAGCUGCACAACCUCAAGAGCAGCCCGUGGUAGACCCCUACAAAUAUUCUUUAGAAAGUAGUUUAGAACAUGCCGAAAUAGACUCAAACCGAAUGGUUGACUCAAACAACGCUCUUACAAAGGAAAUAUUGAGUGAAUUUAUUCCAGCCACCAAAUUAAAAGGCAAUGAUGGCUUUAUUCUUGAAUCGGAUCACUACAAAAUGUUUGAUCCUUUCACAUCAUUUAAAACAGAAAAAGAAUAUGAUUUGAACUUUCCGGAGAACUUAAAUAUCUACUGCUACGAACAAGAUAAUUUCAGCACCUUUGAGCCCCCUAAAAGAGGCUCGACAGAAGUACUGAACUAUUAUUUAAUGGAUGGCGGCUCAAUUUUACCAGUAUUAGCUCUAGACUUGAAGCCAGGUUGUUCUAUGUUGGACAUGUGCGCUGCCCCGGGUGGCAAAACUUACUUGGCUAUACAAACUCUAUAUCCUAAUUGUAUUGUGGCUAAUGAUGUAACCAAUUCAAGACUGAAUCGAAUAGAAAGUGUAUUACAUCAGUUUCUCUACGAUGUAGAAGAGAGAUGGUUAAAACCAGGAAGAAUCAAACUGUGUAAUAAUGAUGGACGGUGUAUUUCUGUAGAUAACUUUGAUAGAGUUCUGGUUGACGUUCCUUGUACCACUGACCGCCACUCGUUGAAGGAAAACAGCAAUAACAUAUUCACUUCAUCCAGAGUUAAAGAAAGACUUCAACUACCCGAAUUGCAAUCUGAAUUGCUUUAUAGUGCACUAACAUUAGUUAAGAAAGGAGGCAUAGUUGUAUAUUCUACCUGCUCUUUAAGUCCUAUACAGAACGAUGGUGUGGUUGGAAUGGCUUUGAAGAAAAUUUGGGAAAAUAGUAAAAUUGAAAUAAUAGUCAAAGACUUAUCGCCAGCACUACUGCAAACAAGAAGCGUCUUUUACCUGGCUGAUCAGAGAUUGCUCAAAUAUGGACAUUUAGUUCUACCGCAAAAAGGACAAAACUAUGGUCCAACAUAUUUUUGUAAACUUCAACGAAUUAAAUAACAAUAGAUGAAAAUAAAUACUUGUGUGACUCA